AUGAGAAUCAAACGAGUCGUAAAGCCAGCAGCACAACCUAUAAUAAUAAAACAAAUAUUCUCAACUCUUUUAACCGAAGUUGGUUUAAGCAUUAAUCAGUGUGAAGAAGAAUUUCAUAACAUACCUGUUGAGCCUUCUGUGUUUCGUCGCCAACUUACUAUAAAGCUUAAAAACCAACCAAAAUUUCCAGAUCCAUUUAUCGGUCAAUUUCUGGAUUCAUUACAAGAAUAUUUGGACCAAGAUGCAAAAUAUUUGACAUUAUGCCUGCAUCCAUUAUCUGUCAACGCCGAUAGUUUGAUUAAAGUUCUCUUGAGCAUUGAUUUCUUGCAAACAAAGCUUAUUGAUCAUUUGUUGGAAAGAUUACCUACCUUCAUAUCCGAGUCCGACGAUGAAACUAUCGAAUCCCCAUUACCUAGAUUAAUACUACAACAAUUAAAAUAUCUUGACCAUAUAGUUGACCCAAUUCGUGUUCAACGAGAAAUCAUUACAAGUCUACCUGAAAUUAUAAAUGAUUCUGAACAAAAGACUUUUAUAAAAGAACUUGUAAAUUUGAUGGAUCAAAAUCAUCAAUUGCUUGUUCCAAUUCUUGAUGCUUUAUCUAAUUUUGAUAACAAUAGUCAAAUGCUACGACAAAUCCAAGAAUCUGUUAUUGAUAAGCUUGAAUGUGCUAAUUUGGAUGAUUUGCCAAUAAUCAUACAAUUCUUAUUUGAUGCAUCUACUUCUGAUGAUGUUAACAAGGUUAUCCGAAAAAUCCGAGAUAAAGUUGAUUUCAGAUCCAUUGAAAAAAUUCAAGAUGAAUUGGCUGUCUCUAAGCGUAAUCAAAAAAGAAAAAGAGACCAAACACCAGAGCCUUUAAUAUUAGAGUCAAUCAAAUUUUGCAUUUUGUCUCGCAAAUAUAUUCAUGAUGCAUGGUUAAAAAUCAUAAAUGAUAUAAGCUCUCCGAUUGAUCACAAGAUUAUUGAUAUAUUGGUAUUGUUGAUCUUGCAUUCAAUUAAAAGUUCAAAGAAAAAAGUAGAGGCCAUUUUUCGUAAAAAAAUUUCUGUUGGUUUAUUUACACAAUCAUUAUUGAAAGAAACUAUCAUCAACCACCAUGCGGGCUUAGAAUAUUAUUUCCCUAGUAUACUUUCAUUAUCCGAAUGCUUGCUACGUACAAGUCUUCAAGACGCAACCAUUGUUCGUGCUGCUUGUGCUUUUUAUCAUAGCGCUUUUGUAGCUUUUGAUACUAUUCAACAACAAGAAAUAAUUUGUUCUCUGGCAACUCAUAUUGGUUGUGGCUCUUUUACAGAAGUUGAUUCCGCAUUAUCAGUUCUGCUACACCUUGUUGAUACUAAUGUCAAAGAAAUGGUUAGAUUUUCUAUCUUCAUAAAAAGCCUUUUGGAUUCCUUGGACCAGCUAACUCUAGACCAAACUAGAGUCUUGUUUGAAAUUUUUUGUAAAUUUAUCUAUGAGGACUCAAAAAACUAUGAAAUUAACGGUGGAUUAUUAGCAGAGUUCUCAAUUAUUAUUCAAAAAAUGCUUUCCAAUUCUAAUGAAAAGUAUACGCAAAUAGGUGUCAUUGGUGCCUUGGCUUUGGUGCGAACACUAGGUUCUAAACAAUUAACAUCAGAUUUUAAAGAAGAUAAUGGUUCACAGAGUCAUCGUGGGGGUACAAAUUAUUUAUUAAAAGUAGCAGAAGAACAUAUAAUUAAGAUAGAACAACAUUGUUCAAGACAUAUGAAUUGUCUUUCUUUUGCAUAUGACGAACUUGCAUAUUUUAUCUCAAAAAAUUUAUUAGAUUCUAAACUUGAAAAACUAAUCAAUGAAAAAAUGGCUUCAUCUUUUCAAAAUAUUUUUAUUGUUGAUCAUGAAGAAGUAUCAGAUUUGCAAAAAAUAAACUAUCAUUUGAAAGAAAUUCCAAUAGAAAUUUGGAUGCAAUUGGAUGAUCAGGCUUGCAUUAAGGCAGAACAUGAAGGAUCACUCUUUGAAAUCGAUGCUUUGUUGGGGUCUGGAAUCACGAUGUUUCAAAAAAUUGACCCUAAUGAAAUGAAAGACUUCUCACAAGAAAUACGUGAAACCGCCUGCAAUGCUAUUUUUUAUUGUAUUAACUGGUUCCGUGAAUUAAUAAAUGCUUUCUGUGAUCAAAGGGAGGCUGAAAAUUAUCAAAAGCUUAAUUUAAGAUUGAAGCAUAUAAAUGAAUUGGAAAAAUUAUUGAAUGCUAUGCUAGAAGUGACUCCGUCAUUUCAGCCUUUUGGAUUUCCAUCGCAAUCAAUUCAACAAUCUACACAGAACAGAGGCAAGAAACAAAACAAAUCGAUUGGAACACUUAUUGCUGGAUCUUCAUCUUCCCAAAGACUUGUUUCUAAUUCUGGUAAAACAUUAAGGCGUUCGGCUACUAAUAAAGCAAAAGUCAUAAGUGUUCGUGCAUUUAAUGAAAAUGAAAGCGCUAAAAGUUCCAAUGUCCCUUUGAAGCCUAAUUUUGCAUCAGUUAACGACUUAAAGCCAUUAAUGCGCGAACUGGAAAUGCCAGUCUUUGGACUUUUGGAGUUUGGUUAUAUUAAACAAACAACGGAUAUUGAAAUUACAAGUGAUUUUGCACGUUUAGAACCAAGCGAAAUGCUCUAUCUACUUGAAGAUCUCAAUCGUAAACUUGAGUUUAAAUUAUAUACAGAAACUUCAACAUCACCAGUGCCUUUUUUUGCAAGCAAAUUAAAGAAAAAUGACGGUAAAAAAUCACAAGGAUUUUCAUCAAUUUCUCGUACAAGUGCUCUUGAAAUUGUUGAAAUCGUAAUAGGUUUUUUACCAUUUUUACUUAAACAAAUGGAAUCUUUUUUAAACGUGAUUAAUACAAAUGAUGGUGAUAUUUUAUUCGAGGAAAAGGAAUUAGAAGAUAUUUAUCAUUGUUUGGGAUUCAUAUGGCAAAUUAUAUAUCGAUUAAUUUCUUGGAAUGAUUUAAAAAGUCCUGAUAAUGUUGAAAUUUUAAUCAAAGUUUUAAACCAGUUUUCUUCUAAAGAACAAAGCCAGUCACUAUUGUGUUCCACUUUUACAAAACAACAACUACUCCAUGAAUCUAUUUACGAUGCAUUUAAUUAUCUAUACAAAUUUGAAUCAAAUGUUCCUACCGCUAAUUUGGCAAUAAAAUACCACAAGAUACUUAAAAAAAUUGUAGAAUUCGCACCAAAUUUGACUGAACUGACAGCUAAAUGUGGUGAAUUGGCGCAUAAAUUUUCUUCUCAAGAAUGGGAAGACAAAUGGAAAUUAAAUUCAGAAUCUAUUUUAUAUCUCGUACUACAAGAUAUUCAAUAUGCAACAAUUCCGAUAGAUAGAAUUUCAUAUUAUACUACAAAAAUUCUUCCUUCGCUUGAAACUUGCGAUGAAGGAUUAGAUAAAAACCCUUUGCUUACAAAAGACACCUUUCCACAUUUCUAUAAAGCAUUAUCAAUCUCUUUAGUAGAUACUUUACGGGAGUAUGAUGAUUGCAAGUUUGAUACCAAUGAUGAGAUAUUAUUACAUUUAGCAAAAAUAGUAGAGUGUUGGAAAGAAUUAGUAAAUGUUAUAAAGAGCAAUCAUAAUCGCGUAAUUUUAUCAAUUGCAUUAAAAUACGGUCAGAUUGUUAUAUUUCAAGUCAAGGCGAUGUUACAAAACAAUGGAUGUCCACCAGAUGCCUUUUUUUUGGGAAAUCUCAAACAUCGAGAUCUAGAAGGACAAGAAGUUGGUGAUGAGAUGCCAUGCAAUGGCCCACAAGCUCAACAAGACGACGAGGCGAAAAGUAAUAUUCAGAUUAUUGACUCAGAAGUGGGUAAAAAGAACGAACAAUAA